AUGCUAAGAAAAGAAAAAAAAUCCAGCGAAAUUCACAACGUUAAAACACAUAGCAACGUUGACAGUGACAGCGAAAGCCAAGAAGAAGAUAUGAAAACAUGGCCGGUGUUCACAUUAACUGAUUCGAGAAAGAAAUGUAAAGAGAUGGAAGUAUUAGUCCUAAUGGAUGGAAAGUCAGUAAAGAUGGAAGUGGACACGGGAGCUGUGGUAUCAAUUAUGCCAGAAAAUGUGUGGAGAAAUGUGUUGUCUGCAAAAUUCAUACGCAAGUCCAACGUUAGACUGCAAAGUUAUUCUGGGCAUGAAGUUCCAGUGAGGGGAGAAGUAGACGUUUGCGUUGAACAUGGAAAACAAAAAGCUAAGUUACCAAUUGUAAUAACUCAAAAUAAAGGUCCUGUGUUGUUGGGACGAAAUUGGCUGACAGUUUUAAAGCUUAACUGGAGUCAAAUAAAACAAGUAGUGGCAAAACCUGUCAAAAAUGUGGAGCAAUUAAUAAUUCAAUAUGCGUCCUUAUUUGACAAUUCGUUGGGACAAUCAGUCCCGUUUGCGCUGAAAGACAAGGUAAAGGAAGAAAUCUACCGUUUAGAGAAACUUGGGGUCCUGGAAAAGGUAGAGUUUUCAGAUUGGGCGACGCCAAUCGUGCCAGUGUUGAAACCUGAUGGUAGUGUACGGAUUUGUGGCGAUUAUAAAGUGACCAUUAACCAAAGUCUAGACAUUCAAGAAUAUCCAAUGCCGACAGCUGAAGAACUAUUUCCAAAGCUACGAGGAGGCGAGAAAUUUUCAAAGAUAGAUCUGUCGGCAGCAUAUCAGCAAGUUGUUUUGGACGAAGAAUCACAACGUUAUGUUACAAUUAACACACAUUUGGGAGUAGGAGGUAUACUUGAUGAUUUGAUAAUUACGGGUAAAAAUGAUGAAGAACAUUUGCGGAAUCUUGAGAGAGCACUGAAACGUCUUCAAAAUAUGGGAAUCAAAUUGACGAAAUCAAAGUGCGUUUUUUGGCAACCUUCAGUGGAAUAUUUCGCAUUUGUCGUGGAUCGACAAGGAAUCCAUCCAUCGCCUCGUAAAGUUCAAGCUAUAAGGGAGGUACCAACUCCGGAAAAUCCAACAGAAUUGAAGUCAUUUCUGGGGCUAGUGAACUAUUAUCGUAAGUUUAUUCCAAAUAUGGCAAAGUUGUUUAAUCCUCUGAAUUGUUUACUGUCACAAGAAGUUACUUGGAAAUGGUCGGAAGAAUGUCAGAAAUCCUUUGAGACUUUAAAAGUCCUAUUGGAAACGGCACCAGUAUUAACACAUUACGACCCCAAGAAACCCGUGAGAUUAGCGACAGAUGCCUCAUCGUGUGGAAUAGGUGCUGUUCUAUCAAAUGUAUCGGACGAAGGAGAAGAACAACCAAUAGCUUAUGCCUCGAGAACACUUUCUUCUAGUGAGCAAAACUAUUCUAUGAUCGAGAAAGAGGCCCUUGCAAUUAUUUUUGGAUUGAAGAAGUUUCAUCAGUAUGUGUAUGGAAGACGUUUUUCUUUAAUCACAGAUCAUAAGCCGCUUACUAUGAUACUGGGACCUAAACGGGGUGUUCCUGUCUUGGCAGUCUCCCGCUUGCAGAGAUGGGCGAUUCAACUGGGUGCAUAUCAGUAUGAUAUUGAAUACCGAACUUCAAAGAACAAUGCGAAUGUUGAUGCGUUGUCCCGGUUACCUAGGAAAAGUGUUGAAGAACCGGACGAAUGGGAGGAAGAGGCAGCGGCAGUAAACAGCGUUCAACUGAAGCGGUCACCUGUUUCAGUAAGUAUGAUUAGAGAAGCUACGCAAAAAGACUCAGUAUGGUCUCGUGUAGUAUACUAUCUGUUACAUGGUCGGCCAGAAGGAAAGUUACCAGAGGAACUACAAUAUUUCUUUACAAAGCAAGACGAGUUUACUGUAGAAGAAGGAUGCCUAUUGAGAGGAACCCGAGUGGUAAUUCCAACCAAAUAUCAAGGAGUGGUGUUGUCGGAGCUGCAUAUAAAUCAUCCAGGAAUGGUGCGGAUGAAAUCUUUAGCACGUUUACAUGUGUGGUGGUCAACAUUAGACCAAGACAUUGAACAGACGGUGAGAGAUUGCACCAGUUGUCAAUUUAAUCGCUGUAAAUCUCCACUUAAAGUAAAUUAUCCAUGGAUAAUUUACUUUAAUAAAAAAGUCAAUCCAAAAGAUAUUUCCUGGAUAAUGUGUAAUUAUUGUGGGUUUGAGCAAGGAUUUCAACAGCAUUGUAUCAAGUGUAAGAAAAAGUUGGCUGACUAUUUUUGUGGCGAAUGUAGGGUUUACGAUAAUUAUUCGAAAGAUCCUUAUCAUUGUGUAAAAUGUGGUGUUUGUAGAACUAAAUUACAUAAAUCAUUUCAUUGUGAUACUUGUGGAAUGUGCUUCGAAAAGGAAAAAGGAAAAAAUCAAUAUCAUAUAUGCAAAAAAGAUAGUGUACAUGAUCAAUGUAUGAUAUGUUUUGAAGAUACAUUAACUGAAUUUGGAAUGUUAAAAUGUGAACACAAAAUACAUCUUGAUUGUUUGAGACAAUUAUUAUUAAAAGGAUUUUCUAAUUGUCCGAUAGCUGAUGAUGAUGAUGUAAACAUCGAACUUAGCGAAAAUUAUAAAGAAAUUCGCGAAUUAACAAAACAAAUACUUGACGUGCAGAUUGAAUUAGAAGAAUUGAAAGAGAAGCUAACGCAAAAUGAAGCAAAAACUAAUGAAUAUUCAAAAGAAAUUCAAGCUUUGAAAGAUGAAUUGAAAGAGAAGCAAGCGCGAAAUGAAGCAAGUCAUAUUGAAUAUUUAAAAGAUAUUCAAGGUUUGCAAGAUGAAUGCAAUUGUUUAAACUAA